GCGUGCCCUGUGGCCAAACACUGCCCGGAGUGAGAGCAAACUACCAGCGCAGUGCGUGUAUGCGCGCGCGGGGGUGCGCGCGCGGGGGUGCGAGAGGGUGAGCGAGCGAGCACGGGGCGGAGGGGCGGCCAACUGCUUCACACUUUCAACACUGCACCGAAGAGGGAGAGCGAGACAGCCUGGAGACGCACACAUCCCCCCAAGAUCUCCCCAGGCGAACGUCCCACAGAUUACAGGACAGAACCCUCCAAAUCGAAACGGAGGAAACGGACAGCCAUUGAACAUGGACGAAGGAAUCCCUCAUUUGCAAGAGAGACAGUUACUGGAACAUAGGGAUUUUAUAGGACUGGAUUAUUCCUCUUUGUAUAUGUGUAAACCCAAAAGGAGCUUGAAACGGGAUGACACCAAGGAUACCUACAAAUUACCGCACAGAUUAAUAGAAAAGAAGAGAAGAGACCGAAUUAAUGAAUGCAUUGCUCAGCUGAAAGAUUUACUGCCUGAACAUCUAAAAUUGACAACCCUGGGGCAUCUGGAGAAAGCAGUAGUUUUGGAGUUAACUUUGAAGCACUUAAAAGCGUUAACAGCCUUAACGGAGCAGCAGCAUCAGAAGAUAAUUGCUUUACAGAAUGGGGAGCGCUCUCUGAAAUCGCCGGUCCAGGCCGACUUGGAUGCGUUCCACUCGGGGUUUCAAACCUGCGCCAAAGAAGUCUUGCAAUACCUCGCGCGCUUUGAGAGCUGGACGCCCAGAGAGCCGCGCUGUGCCCAGCUCGUCAGCCACCUGCACGCCGUGGCCACCCAGCUCCUGACGCCACAGGUGCCCCCGGGCAGGGGCCCGGGCCGCGCGCCCUGCAGCACGGUGGCUGCGGCCACCCCGGGCCCCGAGCGCGCGGCCCGCUGCGUGCCGGUCAUCCAGCGGACUCAGACCGGCACCGAGCCCGAGCAUGACACGGACACCGACAGCGGCUACGGAGGCGAGGCGGAGCAGGGCCGCGCCGCUGUCAAGCAGGAGCCUCCUGGGGACCCGUCCCCUGCGCCCAAGAGGCCGAAGCUGGAGGCGCGCGGCGCGCUCCUGGGCCCGGAGCCCGCGCUGCUCGGCUCGCUGGUGGCCCUGGGCGGGGGCGCGCCCUUCGCGCAGCCCGCCGCCGCGCCCUUCUGCCUGCCCUUCUACCUGCUGUCGCCGUCCGCCGCCGCCUACGUGCAGCCCUGGCUGGACAAGAGCGGCCUGGACAAGUAUCUGUACCCCGCGGCGGCCGCCCCCUUCCCGCUGUUGUAUCCUGGCAUCCCCGCAGCGGCGGCCGCCGCCGCCGCCUUCCCCUGCCUGUCGUCCGUGCUGUCGCCGCCUCCUGAGAAGGCAGGCGCGGCCGCCGGUGUCCCUCUGCUGGCGCACGAGGUGGCUCCCCCAGGGCCGCUGCGCCCCCAGCACGCUCAUAGCCGCACCCACCUGCCGCGCGCAGGGAACCCGGAGAGCUCUCAGGAAGAUGCCUCACAGCCGGCCAAAGAUGCCCCCUGAGCCCUGCAGCUCUUCCAGAACAGGGGCAAAGGGCUCCGGAGGAGUCGCCCGGUUUCCAAGUUCAAACGCCCCUUAACGCGUGCCAGGGAGGAAGAGUAAGAGAUGCUCGGCAGGCUUAGGACAAAAACAGGUGUUUUGUGUACGUUUGGAGUUCCUGUUUUGCCCGUUUCUCACCCUUUUGCCACCCCACCCGCUC